AUGAAUCUUUUUCAGUUGUCACUCUUUUUGUUUUUUUUUUUUAACAUAUCCCAUUGCAUGUGGCCAUGGACCAAAAAGAGAAAAGCAGUGAAUCAAAUGGCUAUUAUAAAAGAUAUGUCAAAAGAGAUCAAAAAUAAGGCUAAGUCACUCCCAAACCCAAAGGACAUUUCAAAUAAAAUUCACAAAAUAGACAACAAAGUUUUAGACAAACUAAAUGAGGAUAUAAUUAAGGAGGAAAAUUUAGCUAAACACAAACCCCAUGUUUGUGAAGAGCCAGCUUAUGAAAGGGAUUAUUCAUAUUUAUGUCCUGAAGAUUGGGUAAAAAAGUCCAGUGAUCAGUGUUGGGGAGUAAAUUAUGACGGUCACUGCGAAUCUUUAAAAUAUUUUCAAGAUUACUCAGAUGAAGAAAAAAGAGAAUUUGAGCUGAACUGCUGUGUGCUAUGGCCUAAAUUAAAGAACAUAUCAAAAAAGACGAAGAAACGAGAUACUUUGAGGGGAUCGAUAAACUCAAAGAACGGAAUAAUUAUAAAACCUAGAUAUAUGUGA